UCUCUAAGACAAAGAUGUGUGACUGUGCAUCAUCGAUGUCUGCUUCUUCUGAAGCUACCCCGAGUAAUCUGCCAUAUAAGUUUUUGUUCAAGUACAUCAUUGUUGGCGAUACUGCCGUUGGCAAGUCUUGUCUGUUAAUGCAAUUCACCGACAAACGCUUUCAGCCCAUGCAUGAUUUGACCAUCGGCGUCGAAUUUGGGAGUCGUACUAUUAUGAUAGACAACAAACGUGUCAAACUUCAAAUUUGGGAUACAGCUGGGCAAGAAAAGUUUCGUUCUAUCACUCGUUCAUAUUAUCGAGGCGCCUCCGGCGCGCUUUUGGUUUACGACAUUACUAGGCGUGAGACGUUCGAACAUCUCUCCUCCUGGUUGGAAGACUGCAGAAAGUGCUCAAGCAACAACACAGUGAUUGUUCUUGUCGGAAACAAGUGUGAUUUGGAACCUGAUCGUCAAGUUACGCGUGAGGAAGGAGAAAACUUUGCCAAAAAAAAUAAUCUGGAGUUCAUAGAAACAUCCGCCAAAACGGCAGAAAAUGUCGAAGAAGCGUUUGUCCGUACAUCAUAUAAAAUAUACCAAAUGGCAGAAAAGGGAGAAAUCCAGUUUUUCCACACAAGCAAUAACCGUCUUCUCUAAAAUUUCGUCUAAGUCAAAGAUACGCAAAAAGAGAAAAAGGCCAUGCCUUAAAACGCAUACAUGCCUUCACUGUCGCUUUGAAAAAGUCCUCCCAAUCGUAUGAACGGCAGAUGAACCGCUUCUUUUCGCACAUCUCUCCAAAGGAAGUUCCAAAAUUUAGAAUUCCUCUUUCGUCUCUUUUCCCUUCCCCAAUAUUAAUAAAUUCCAGAAAGAGUGCUGUACAAGCUCCCCCCUCGUCGACGUUCCUUGAGAGGUGUUUUUGUGUGAAACUUGACCCAGUGUACCCGUGCACAACCGCGGGCUGUUUUUAGCACCCC